AUGUCUCAAGAAGCCGAAGAUCGUCAUAAUGACAACUCUAAAUCUCUCAUGAACAGCUCAUCGGAUAAUAUGAAAGCUACGCUUUUUAACAAGGCUGUUGAACUGCUACGGUUUGUUAUUUGGGAUUCUAGAUUUAAUGCAAUACUUUUUCCAAUUCUGUUGGCUGCUGAAGCAAUUCUUCUGGAAGCAAUUAUUCGUGUAGUAGCGUAUACGGAAAUAGAUUAUCUGGCAUAUAUGGAGCAGAUUUGGACAAUAAAUGAAGGAGAAAGGGACUACACAAACAUUGAGGGUGGUACAGGUCCGUUAGUGUAUCCAGCAGGCCAUGUGAUAAUAUACAAGUGGAUGGAACGAGUCACAAAUGGAAUGGAUAAUCUUCAUGCUGGACAGCACAUGUUUAUGGUACUGUACCUCGUGACAUUAAUUGUUCAAUUUGGAUGCUACAAAAUUCUAGAUCUGCCCCCCUGGGCUAUUGUCUUGGCAUGCUUAUCCAAGCGCCUGCACUCUAUCUAUGUACUAAGACUUUUCAAUGACUGCUGGGCUACUUUGUUUAUGAGCUUGACUGUACUUUUGAUGCUCUUGGCAGCAAAAUAUCGUUACAAUGUAUUUACUAUACUUGCAGCGGUACUGUAUUCAGUCGCUACCAGCGUGAAGAUGAAUACACUUCUCUAUCUACCUGGUAUUAUUCUUUCCAUUUUCCUAUUGAGUAACGGUACAUUUGUAAUUCUCCUUGCUUCUGUCGUCCUAAUGGUCAUGUGGCAGAUAUAUGUUGCAAAAGAUUUUCUGCUCACGUACCCAUACCAAUAUCUAGCCACCGCCUUCAACUUUGGACGUACUUUUAUGUUCAAGUGGUCCGUGAACUGGCACCAUCUCGGAAGCGAACUCUUCAACAAUAAGGCCUUCCACCGCAUUUUGUUGGGAGGCCACAUUGCGGUGCUACUCUUGUUCAUUUUCACACGCUUCUCACUUCCAUUCCGUCAAAACUGGAUCUCCCUAGGAAUAACAUCGCUGAAGCGUCCUUUCAAGCCCACAUUAGGCACCGUUUCAAAUCCCGCCCACAUCGCCUACAUCCUAGUCGUAUCGAACUUCAUUGGCGUAAUUUUCGCGCGCUCCCUACAUUACCAAUUCCUGGCCUGGUACCACUGGACUCUCCCAUUGCUUGUUCACUGGAGUAAGCUCCCCGUAUACCUUGCCGUUCCCUGGUAUCUUGCCCACGAGUACUGUUGGAACUGCUAUCCCCCCAGUUCACAUGCAAGCGGUCUCCUCCAUGCACUCAAUUUCACUCUACUCUUCCUAGCAUACUGUAACCCACCUUCGCCCUGCUCUCUGGCAACUCAGGGCACCAAGAAACACGAAUAG